UUACUUUAUAAAGAGAAUAUUAGUAAAAUUAAGUGCAUUGAUUAAAUAAUGUGUAUAUUUUCAUAAUAUUUAUAAUUCUUCUGUGAUCGUGGAGACAGCAGCCAGACUGGGUUCACUCCGUCCAGUAAACAAUUGGAUUGAGUCUACACUUAUGAUGUCAUCAGGUCCUUGUGGCUCCUCCCCAAUUCAGACUCAGCCCAACCAGACUAGCAGUGAGAAUUAAUCUCUCCAUUAAUUAAAAUUGCCAUUAAAUGGCAAUUUUUUUUACAAAGUUUUUUCCUUUAAAUUGGCUUUUUAAAUCAUUUUUUUCUUCUGACCAAAUUGGAGGUAAAUUCAAAACUGCUUCCAGACUGCCUCUCUUCAGCCAUUCUGACUGCCUGCGGCCACAAGUUCACUCAGGAAGCCUGCCUUGCAGUUGGAUCGGCCAGCUCAUGAGCUACGGCUCUGUAGCUGUUUCUCCAAGGCACUCCUGGACUCUGGGCACUCAAAGAGACGCGUGACCAGCCCUUUCGCAUGCAGCAGUUCCAUUCUGUGGAGCGCCCGGCCACUUUGAGUGUCGGUGGCCAUUUUGUGGGUCGGAAAAGCCUGCGAAGAUAGUGGCAACCAUUUUGAGGCUUGGAAAAGCCUCGGAAGAAAAAAAAAGUCGGCCAUUUUGGACACUUUAAAAAAGGCGCGAACUCUGCCGCAACCGUUACAAGUGCCCAGCAACCCAGGAUCAUUCCAGGUAGACUGGAUCAGGAGCGCCUGGCCAUCAAACAGGUGAGACUGUUGCCUAGAUUUAUUGUGGCUUGAUUUAUGUCGGGGGAGAUGACUGACCAAGCUAUGUCUGCAGAUAGAGGAUUAGAGGAGGCCGGGCCAUCGGGGGCGAAGUAGGAAGAGGCAAGCCAAAGAGGCUCCAUCCUCAGAGAUAAAUCCCAAGGUCUCUAAAGCCACUACCAGGGCAGAAGAGCGAAGGCAGAAGGCUCUUGAGAAAGAAUUUCAGAGGGCCCAAAAACAACAAGUUCUAACUGCUCAGCCCUCCCGAGGGUCUCCAGGUUGUCUCCUCAGAUCCACCUGUCUUGUCUCCCAUGAGACCUUGCCCUGCACUGGCAGAUUCAGAUGGGGAAUUGUCAUCUUCUGAGUCCUCUUCUUCUGUAGAACCUGACAACAGAUGCAAUUUCUUUAAUGUCCCUCUCAAUAGGGAACGCACCUUUGAGCAGUCUUCCCUCCCUAUGGCGCAUGGUUCAGGGAUUCCCCAAGCCAUGUACAUCUCUCCUGCAGAUGUGGCAACCAUCAUUGCUGAAACCAUCAAACAGGCCUCGGUGGUGAACAAGAUAAUCUGUGGGAUUCAGAUCUGUCUGACGACGAAGUGGUCACCCCGGAUGCCCCAGCCUUUGCCGGAUUAUUUAAAACUGAGCGUUUUAAGUCCCUACUGCUUAAGGCCACCUUCUGCUUCAGCUUCUACUUCACAGGAAAAACCAGCAGAACUGGCUACAACUGAGGGUCCCAGUAUCCCAUUCACCGAACCUCCUGUGGGAAAGGAGGUGAUCCUUGUUCCCAAGAUCUUCCUGAACGUGAUCCAGAAGCAGUGGGAAUCCCCGGGCAUGGGUCCAUAGCCAACCAACCUCGACAAACAUCUUUAUAAUAUUGCACCAGAACUCAUCAAAUUCCUCGAGUCCCGUCCCCCCAUGGACGCACCGGUUGCAGCACUUUUAUCCCCUGCUGUGAUCUCUGGAGCCCCUGAAGAGGUCCUCAAGCCUGAGGAGAAAAGGUUAGACCAAACCUUAGUCAAAAACUAUUAUGCAGGGGUCUGUGCUGUUAGGGCCUCCAUUGCCACUUCCUUUUUCUCUAGAGCGGCCCUAAUCUGGAUUGAACAGCUUCAGGAGCACAUUUCUCCUACUGACACUAGAUCGCAUAGGGACCUCAACGAGAUUAGGGCAGCCAUUGAAUAUGCGGCUGAUUCUUCUCUUAAUGCUGCCAGAUUCCCUUCCAAAGCUAUGGCCUCUUCAGUCACGGCCAGGUGUCUACUUUGGUUCAAGACAUGGCAGGUGGAUGUCCGUACCAAGUGGCCCUGGCAGCCUCUUCCUUCCGUGGCACCCAAUUAUUUGGUACCCCUUUGGAUCCGUACCUCAUGGGAUCUAAAGACAAGCACAAGGUCCUUUCAGCCAUCUAUGAAAAACAGGACAGUCGUCCCGCUCCUUACUACAGGAGUUUGCCCUUUUGGCCGGCGGACAGGGAGCGUCAUUCUCCCAUCCGCAACGUCAGUCCUACACUCCCAGACAGGGAUCUCACCAGGACAGAUCUAACAGAAACGCACAGCGUUUCCCCCCCCACCCCAAGAAGUCUUACUAUGGAGGAAGCAACUGCCAAUUUUCAUGAAGAAAAUGACUAUCUGGACUCUCUUCUGAUCGGAGGCUGCCUGGCGUUCUUUGCCCACUGCUGGGAAGAGACCACAACAGACAAUUGGAUACUCAAAACUGACAAAUUUGGCCUCAUGCUGGAAUUCCUCUCCAUCCCCCAGGAACACUUCAAUGGAACAGGCCAUUCAGCACCUUUUGGAGAUCCAGGCCAUCCAACCGGUUCCUCCCCAUCAAGAAGGGCAGGGUUUUUAUUCCCACCUGUUUGUGGUACCGAAAAAUUCCGGGAGAUGGAGAGCAAUUUUGGAUCUAAAAUCGUUGAACCGCCAUAUUGUCUACCGGCAGUUCAAAAUGCAUUCUCUGCACACCAUCCUGCAGGGAGUCAGGAAAGGCGACUUCCUCACAUCAGUAGACUUGACCGAAGCUUACCUUCAUAUUCCCAUCUUCAUAGACCACCAAAAAUAUCUCCGUUUCUCUUAUUGGGGGGGAGGUACUUCCACUACCGAGCUCUUCCGGUUCAGUCUGUCCUCGGCCCCAGGGUAUUCACAAAGGUGCUGGCUGCCCUAGCCGCCCACAUCAGGUCAUCUCCAGUUGGAUUCUCUGUUACCUGGACUACACCCACUUGUCGUCCAGGUCUCCGACUCAAGCAGAAAGGGAUCUCGCUCUCACCAUUCACACCCUGUGGAAUCACGGGUUCGGGGUGAAUCUCAAGAAGAGUCAUCUCGUUCCCAGCACUCGCAUUCUUCACUUCGGGGUCUUGAUAGACACCGUGGUGGGGAGGGGUGUUUCUGUCCAACGACCGCUUUCUCAGUCUGAAGGAAAUUGUCAGGAAGGUGCUGCGCCUACACAAGGCGUCCCUUCUUCUUCUCUCCCAAGUCUUGGGCAAGAUGGUGUCUUGUUUCGGGGUUGUCCCAUGGGCCAGGUUCCACAGCAGGACCCUUCAAUGGUUCAUGCUUCCCCUUCAAAAGGCCGACAGGAGCUGCGCUCCUCUCUGGGUUCCUCUUCCCAGUCAAGUCUUACAGUCCCUCAAAUGAUGGCAAUCCCUGGCAAUUACCACUAAUACGUUACACCGACAGGUGGCUGCUUUGGCUUCUGUCCUAGACGGCCUUGCCUCCGACCAUCUACCUUCUCAUCCCUUGAUCUGGAGAUUUCUCCGUGGAGCAUCCAACCUGCGUCCCCCUGCCAUCCAUAGGUAUCUGUCUGCCGGGCAGCCACAUGGGCGUCUCCCACGGUCUUCAUACGUCAUUACAAGUUAAACAAGUAUGCAUCGGUUGACGCAGCUUUUGGGCCCAAGGUGCUGGCAACAAGUGCUUGUGCCUUAACAGACUUUCUUUAGUAUCCCCACCCUACUGGACAUCUCAGUCUUUGGUACGUCCCAGUCUGGCUGCUGUUUCCACAAUCACAGGAGAAUGGGCGUUGGUUCUUACCUGAUACGCUCAUUCCCUGUUGAAGUGGAGAUAGCAGCCAGCCCCACCCUGGGGUGCGUCACGCAAUUCAGAACCUUUUUGUAUGGAGGAGAGAGAGAGAGAUACAGAGGAUAGGGACUUGACAUAUGUACGUUUUUGCUCACAAUUCUCACUUGAGUCUACAGUUUUCCUUCAUCUGAACUGGGGAGGAGCCACAAGGGCCCGAUGACAUCAUAAGUGUAGAUUCAGUCCAAUUAGUUAUUGGACAGAGUAAACCCAGUCUGGCUGCUGUCUCCACUUCAACAGAGAAUGAGUGUAUCAGGUAAGAACCAACACCCAUUCUCUGAUCUUCAGACAAAAAACAUUUUAUUUUAGCAUGCUGGUAUGGUAUAUGUCCAGGAUUGUGAAUCUAUGGCAUGCGUGCCACAGGUGGCACGCGGAGCCAUUUGUCAAGGUACGUGAGCCGUUGCCCUGUCAGGUGGCCAGCGCGUAUGUGUGCACUGGCCAGCUGAGUUCAGCCUUUUUAAAACCAUUUUUCGUCCUCCCCAGGCUCCAGA